GAGUAAUCCGACUGUUCAAAGAUGUUAGUCCAUUGCCUAAUCGCAGUUGUCAGUGGUUAAUAACAACUUAAAACAUUCUUGAUGAUGUAUAGCAGUGGUUGUUUGUUGCUAUUAGGGUUGAUGGCGUGAAAAAUUUGUGUUGUAAGUUUUGGAAAGGCGCAGAUUGUACAGAUGUGGCGGCUAAUGUUUUGUAGUGACAAAUGGCGAUGUUCGAGAAGAAGAGCCAAAGGAAAAUUUGUCUAGACGACACAGAAACGUUGACAUGCGCAAUUGAAAAUUAUCAAAACAUACAAGGGCACACGGAAUAUGUUAUACGUGUGCAACGUGGACCAAUACCAGAGAAAUCGUGGCAUGUCUGUAGGAGGUAUAGUGAUUUUGUAUCGCUGCACAAUGCGUUGCAGCAGUCAGGUCUCCCUCUACCACUACCUCCUAAAAAACUUAUUGGAAACAUGGAUCGAGAAUUCGUAGCUGAGCGGCAGCUUGGUCUUCAGAGUUACUUGAAUUUAAUACUUAUGAAUCCCAUAUUAGCUUCAUCUCUUCCUGUAAGAAAAUUCCUAGACCCAGAGAAUUACUCUACAUCAUUCCAAGAAGUGGCUUUACAACAUGUCUCAAUGGCUCUUAGAGGAGAAGUUAACUAUGAAAUAAUGAGGCCUAUACCUGAAAUGGGUUGGCGUAUUCGGAAACAUUAUUUCCUGGUAAAAAAUCAUAACCAACCUAAAGAUGAAAUGGUGCUUUCUUGGGUUGAAUACGGACCUGACAAACAUUUGGAUGACCGUGAAAUGCUAAGUGCUUGCAAGAGCAUUUCAAGUAUGCAGCAUCCAUUUAUCCAGAAACCAGAAUUUAUAAACUCCAAUGAGAUUGGAGGGUAUGUAGUUCGUGCUCUAAAUAAUGCAGGAACCUUGCGUGAUUUACUAUAUUGUUCAAAACCUAAAUCAACGUUUCUGAGAAAGUACGGCAACCCCAAGCAGCGUAAGCCAUUGUUGGUUGAAGAAGUUUCACUGUAUGGAAAGCAGAUCCUUGAAGCCCUUUCUUUCUUAAAUUCUAAAGGUCUCCCAUAUGGCCAUCUGCACCCAGGAAAUGUAAUCGUAGAAAAUGGACGAAUCAAGUUAAUCGACAUUGAAAAUGGUAUUUUGGGACUUCCAUCUUUCUACAGGCCAUAUAUACUACACCACAAAAAAAUUAAGACAAUGGAAGCCGUGGACGUGUAUUGUUUUGGACAUGUAAUUUAUGAAAUGGCCUUUGCUUAUCCUCUUUAUGACUCAGUCUGUGAUAUUCUGCCACCACAUUGUCCGCCAUUGCUACGUUCACUUUUAGAGUCCAUUUUAUCUACAGAAGCAUGCAAAGAUGGUAUGCCCUCAAUUCCUACCCUUUUGGCACAUCCUUUUUUUAAUGGUUUCACUUCAAAUGGUCUUUCAAAUACGUCAGCUGAUGAACAAGCUUAUCUAAAAUUUUCAUCUCAUUUGAGAGAGGCCCUUAAGGAUGCACGACAAAAGAUGGAAGAGAGACUAAAAGAAGAACAGAAAAUGGUCAGGCAGCAGAAACGUUUGGUGAAAGUGCAAGAGUUACUGACAACAGAAGGUGAUAAAAGAAACAGGAAGCAAAAACUGAAACUACAGGAACAGACUGCUCCACAACAACAGUUAAUUACCAAUGGAAAAUCACCAGAACGGUCAGAAAGUCCGAACAGUACCAGUACUGCAACAUCUGUUGGGACAGUUACACCACCAUCAGGCCCCUUUGAAUCAUCCCACACCACAUCAGUCGCCAUGGAUAGCAGCCGGUCUGCACUCCUUGGAUCAAUUUGCAACUUCAAUAAGGCAGCACUACGACAUAUUGAGUCACCAGAAGCAUCAGACAGUGUUGGUCGUGUACUGCGAUAAUAUCUUGGCCACAACAAGUACAAUAGCUUUCAUCUUUGACAGUACAUUUACAUCGAGAAGUGAGAGGAAAUGAGAACUAGCAUGUUGUGUUCUUCUCAAACAAUGAAUCUUCUGUGUUUUUAUGUUGGCAUGUACAGCUAUUUUCUCUCUUAAGGUUUAUUUAUUUUCAUAUAAUGUUUAAUGUGGAAAUGCCUUAUGUAAAUAAUGGCACAAUAUAUUGAAGGAAAGCAAAGUAAAGCUUUAUAUGUCAACUACAAAUUCUGUGUGACGGAAAUGUUAGAAUGCUCUGUUUCCAGCCAUGAGGUCCACUGUCUCAUUGACAACAGAAUCUCAUGUUACACUUCCAGUGAAAAACUAAAUUGUAAUCUUCUGCAAAAGCUUUGGUUGGCAAAAAUGCUGUUCACUGAUUGAAAGCCCAUUGACAGAGUAUAGUAUUUUAUAAAUGACAUUUUUAAUAUAUGUAAUAUGUGAACUGAUCAUUCAUUGUAUGUAAUCUGUUGGUUUUCUCCUGUAUUUCUUUCAGUUCUAUAAUUCCCUUUGUAAUUGCAGUUUUUCUUAGAUUUAUAGUGAAACUUGACUAUUGUAUGUAUUGCAAUAUUUUUGUGCUCACAUUUUGAGUAAGCAGUAUGUAAGUUCUUUUCUGCAUGAUUGUUUUUCAUUAUUUUAGACCAUAAUAAGUAGUUUGACACAAAAACUUUACAUUAUAUUUUCCAAAUACUUGGAUAAUCAUUGUUAAUUGAACAAUAUUAUAUUAUUUAGGCUGUUGAAGGGCAGUAUUUCUUUAAAGCUAAAUUUAAAUGCUUCUUUGUUCUGGUGCUAUAAUUUUUGUGUAACUAUUUCUUUUAUAAAUUCCUAUGUCACUUUUUUUAGAUUGCAUGCAUUUUAAAUUUUGACUGCAAGAAGUACAUAAUUAUACAUAACCUCAGCAAAAUGAACCUCCUUAAAACACCCCAACAUGUAUUUCUUUUAUGCAAAAGUACAAAAUUACCAGCAGGAAAAUUCAUUUUUUUUAAAUUUGGACCAUUAAUCAUUUACCAUUGAAAUUAAUCCAAAAUGUACACUGAAUAAGCCAUUGUUUAAAUUGCAGUCAUCAAUAGCAUUCUUUUCAGAAUAUUUUUACUUGUUUUGAGGCUUGUUCUGUGUAUUCAAUAUAAAAUCCAAUAGUCCUGUUUGAAAUAAUCCUGGUAUAGUUUGGCACUAUUGCUCAUUGCUUUCCCCUUCCUCUCUUUCCACUAAUUUGGGAUUACCCUCAAAGCAUCCAAGUUGCAUAUAAGAGAUGCAUGAUUGUGGACAUUAUUCAGUUCAACCAGAAGAAAGGUUAUUCAAAUGAAAACCUAUUACCUGUUGUAUAAUAUGGCAGGAUGGCCUGAAAGGGGCUUGGAGAGAUUACUACACAUAUUUCCAUGGUACUUGCAUAGUAUUUCUGAAAUGUACAAUAACAGUCUUUCUUCUUGUGCAUUUUAUUCUCAGACUAAGAAUCAUAGUUGUGUAACAGUGAGCAGAAAAAGUAAUUGUUCUCUCACUGAUGCUAAGGGAUUCCAGCUUUCACCAGGUCACUGAGAAAUUAUGAAUCUGCCCCUGUGGUUCUGUUCUUAUGUGUAAGAUCUACAUUAAUAUUAUGAUGAAAUAGUAGCCACAUAUAUCUCAUAUACAUUAUCACUAAAAAAGUGAAGGAAUCUUGCAGACCAUAAAAAGAAAACAGGCCAGUAUUAUGGCUGUGUUAAAAUUAAUUCUGUAUUAAGUCUUAUAGCAUUAACAUAUUUUGGAGUGCCUGAGGAGCCAACAUGAUGCAAAACUAUUUUCUUUGGGAUUUUGUGUCUGUUGUAUUAGAACUUCGUUGUGUAUUCAUUGAUUUUGUAGUUUCUCACAAGUGUCACAUUUGUGUAUCAAGUAGUAAGAUCUAUUCAGAGACUAUAUUUUGUUACUGUAUGUACAUGUAAAAAUGUUACUUUUUUAAAAAAAUGAAAGAAUCAUCAUGUUUACCAGAAGUUCCGAUACGGUCUGUAAAAGCCCUGCAGCUAAACAGGAAUGUAAUAUGUCUGCAGACAGAAAUAUUGAAAAAAUGCAGUUUUAUAUUUUUCUUCCUUUUGUUUUAUAGGAUAUUUUAGAUCUGUGAUGAUAUUUUGUUACCAAAGAGUGACUGACAAUGGGAAUGAUUUAGGGUAUUAUCCAAUUUUCUGUAGAAGAAACUGACUUGCAGAAUGUGUUCCAAGUCUGACGAAUGAAGUAUAUAUAUAUGUUUGUGUGUGGGGGGGAGGGUGUGGAAGGGGGGGGGGGGGGGUUUGAAAGUAGGAGGAGAGCAUGAUGAAAAAGGAAAAAAAAAGCAUGUUUAUUUCACUCUGCUGUAAUUAGAACUUCCUUUUUUUGUGCUCAUAUGCCAUGUACAUUACAAUUAACAAAUGGCACUUGAAGGAAUUUUGGAAAUAAUUGUUAAAACAUAUAAGUCAAAUGGUUACUUGUUACUGCGUUAUAGUAUCUUUAUAUCAGUGUAUAUUUGUGCCAAAAAGAUUGCUUUAAUUGUGAAUAUUGUAAAAUGUGCAAGAAUAUUUUCUUUAAGUAACUAUAUGACUAGUCAUGUUUAUUUCAACUGGAGUGCGGGAGAUGAUACUUGAACUGCAUCUCACAAUUCUUGGGUAAGAGAAAACACCUGUUGACUUUGUGCAUAUUGUUUUUGCUUGUAGUUUUCAUAUUUUAAUGUAUGAGGUUACUGCAUUGUAUGAUCUUUAUAAAUUGUUGCUACUGUUUGUUGUUAUUUUAUUGUAAAUUGCUACUAUAUAGUUACUAAAUAACUCAGA